CAUUUCCUUCUGUGUGAUCAUGUGAGAGUGUUCAUUUUGCUUUCCCACGGAUGCUUUCAUAUUUGUAGGUAUUGCCACGUAAAUCACGUUGGAGUAAUUAUAUUAACGGUAGGUUAUAAAUUUAAAUGACGGAUCAUCAGAGAAGAUAUCUAUUGUAAAGUUGUAGACCCAUUUUAAACGAGUGAAAGUAAGAAGAAAUAUUGUAGUAAUUGCUGCCUUUUUAGUACAUUCGUUUGUAAAAUGUUUCUUUUCUUUAUACAAGCCUGUUGAACCAACAUCUCUUAUGAGAGAGAGAGAGAGGUUAUCGGGUGAGCUUAGUAUUUCCAUCCUGUUAACAGCUGGUCCAUCCUGUUUCCUCUGUCUGUUGCAAAGGUAUAACUAAACAAAUACGCUUGUUUGCACCGGUGGGAGGGAUGUUGGAGCCGGCACCUACACUGUAGUUUGUGCAUUAGCCGCCAUUGGCGCUGGUGUGGUGAUGGAUGCGCGACUUAAGCUGUUCUGUCUCUUGGGCUAUUGAAAAAAGAACAAGAAAGCCAGCAACGGUCUUAGUAAUAAUGACGAUGGUGAUGGAGCAAUGACGUACAGAAACAAGAAAGAAAACACGAUGACCGUUGAUUUCAAAUGAAUACUGGGCGGAGCCAAUGCAGGCAAACAGUCAAGGUCAGGUGAUCAGAAUCUUGUCAGGACAGUCAGUCACAGUGCGCCUCCCUUGUUGUCAGAUGACUGCUUCGCGCAGUUAUGACUUUACGGUUUUCCUUCGAAAGAAACAGAAAGGAUGAAAAUCAAACAAUAAUGUGAUGAAAGUGAGUUCUUCCCGUCAAAAGUCACAGAAAGAGAGAGUAAAGAAAGUAACAUAAUCUAACCACCUUUUGGUCAACCAAACCCAAGGUUAAGAUGAUGACGCUUGAAUGUGUGAGUUGCAGCCAAUAAGAUACUAAGAUUUCUGCCUUCUGCAACCGCCGUAGGAACUCUCUUUGAUGGAUGCGUUGUCAGGCGUCGCCUCCCACAUCCCGUGGUCAUGGCUCUGGCGGAGGGGCGUCGUCCUCCUGCUGGUGGGUGUCGUUGUCUUCAGCCUCUUCUUCAGUGACUCGCCACCAACCAAAGAUCCACCGCCAGCAGCCUUGAGCAAGGAAACCAGAGAAAUCGAAGUCUCGUCGUCACAAGAAAGCAAGAACGACUUGGAACCGGCCACAUUCAACCCUGCCGUCUACCCAACUCCGUUCAUUUGCUCAGAGCCAUCUUGCCCUCCUUGUCCAGUGGAUACUCUGUCCUCUCCAGCGGCACCUUCGACCGCCUCUGACCCUCUGCUCAGCGUCGAGUACAGGAGGAGGUUGGCCGAUGCUAUUGCCAACGUUCAGCUUCAGAUAAGUCGAGUGGCAGGCCGCCAAGCAAUGGUGGAUGGCAAAUGGGCCUUGACUUUAGGGGCUAUAGUAGACGAGCUGGACCCGAGAAGAAUCCUUUCCUUGAACUCCACUGUGGAUUUCGAGGGUAACAAAACUGCGUCAUCCGCAAACAGGACCAGGCACGUCUGCCCUGAAGUCUUCAUGGGAAAGAGAUACGAUCAUCCUUUUUAUCAGCAUGGCAUGGAAACUUCCAAUUGCUCCGACGUCCCUGAUUUCAGCCAGACACUGACAGCUAUCCUUCCUGCCCAGUCGUGGUUACCAAGUGAUGCUAACUUUAUCAUUUCGAAACUUAGCAAACUAUAUGAUAUUCCCAUUAUUGCUUUAGUGUCAAACAGAACAACUUUGAAGUUUAAGCAGAAGAACAUCAAGAUUUUGGUAGCUAGGAAAAAUUACUCAGAGGCCACCUUGCUCAAUGGGCUGAUGAAGCUGUCAAGAACUCCUUACGUGUUUCUUGGGUCUUCUCUGACCCAUUUCACUAACCAGUCCUCCUUAGAGAGACUGGUGAGAAUUCUGGACGAAACGGAACACGUAAAAGUUGUUGGUGGUGCUGCUCGAGAUGCCCAUGGCCACUGGAUUCACGGCUGCCUUCAGCAGAAAAUGAGCAACUAUAGGGCUACGUAUACCAUAGGUUACUACUACUCUAAGAGCGAAUGUAUGUACUGCGACGAUCUGCUAACCCCAUUUGUAACUACGAGAAAACUUGUGGCUGAAAUCCCUUUCUCAGAGGGGUUACAUGGACCCGCUCUUUUCCGUGACUGGUUUGCUAAAGUUCGUGAGGCAGGUCACUUGACAAUGACCUGUCCCGAUGUCAUGUUUUUCGUGAAUAACCAUGCAUCGAUGACUGGCAGUGACUGGCAGAUGAUGGCUCAGCAAUGGGCUCUCCAGGAAAUUCAUUCAUAUACAGAUGAAGUGCAUUCAUUCACAUGUGACAGUGUUAACAUAAAAUGUGACAACUUGCGUUCAAUUACAAAAUCUCUUUUGUUGCCACCUUGUUGUAUCGAAGACGCCCACAAGGACGUUGGUUUUCUUAUUGACUUCGCUGACAGCCGCGGUUUACAAUACGAGUUACAAGCUGGCUCUGUCUUGGGAGCUGUGAAAUUCGGCUCUUUUCUGCCGUGGGAUAUGGACCAUGAUAUCUUCGUGGAGUGUAAAGACUUUAAGACUUGGACUAAAGAAUUCAGUAUCUUUUCCAAGACCUUCAACUGCACCCCGAAAGUCAAGUACAAGAAUACAUUCCUCAAGAUAUUUUGCCGUUCAUUUACUCUCGAUAUAUUCUGUAGGAGUCGCAUGAGCAAAAUUUUCCUGCCGGAGGAGUACCAAGAUAUACCGACUACUAUCUGGUAUGGAGGUCGAUGGACCAAAGUCGUGUCGAAUCCUGGCCUCUUCAGCCGAAACAGUAUAGGGUCAGAGAUCCUGAAGCACAUGCAACAUUCCACCCACUUCACGGACGCCGAAACGAACCGCGGGUAUGGAAGGGCCGGUGUGUGGCUUCCCUGCAAAGUUCCCAAACACCAUUCCUGUCUUGAUCGAUACCCGGCUGACGGGAGCUUACCAUUUCUUCGUUAGGAAAAUAUUCUUUUGUACCUUGUUGAGAUCAGCGUGAUCUGCAUAGCAUGUUGAAAUAAUCUUUAUUUCAUGCCUCAUUCAUUCUCAUCUUUUAUAGCAAUUCGUGUGUAAUGAAGUAAUAAAGAUAAAUGAUUGUUUCAAAA